AUGGCGGCAACUCUGAGGAGCCUCGGGAUCAAGACGAGGACUUGCAGGAGGGCCAUGAGGUCGUACGAGGAGUAGGUGGAGAAGGAGUCGGCCAACACCGCAGCCAUGAAAGAGAGAGGCCAACACCCAUACGAUUUACUUCUUCAGGAGAAUGUUUUGGCUGAGUCAAGGAUGAUGAUCCCAGACUGCCAUAAGCGUCUUGAAGCCACACUGGCAGAACUGGAAGCAACUCUGGCCGAAUUGAAGGAGUCAGGAGAGCAAGGUGUCGAGAUAAGAGAGGCGGAGAGCGUGAUCACAGAAGUUGAAACUGUAUUCGAGCAAUUCGAAGAUCAACUCACUAGUCAAGAGCGCCGCUUGUUUGGACUAUCUGGACCAGGGGAAGGUCUCACGAAAAAUGGCAUAAGCCGCAACAGGUGCAGGCCUGAGCUGUCAAAUUCGAGAUUUUACCUGUGCAGAUCAUAG